AUGCUUACGCGGUUCUCAAGGCCGGCAGCAGGGCGUCUGGCCUGUCAAUACAUCUCCCCUUGUGGAGAAAUUCUACGGUCAUCAACGAGUCGCCAGCGUGAUGCUUUCGUCCGCUAUCAGAACACCGCAACCGACCCCGAGGACGAGCCAUCGUCUCGCCGUCGACCUCGAGCCAGGUGGACAAACCAGAAGGAACAUCCUAGGAGUCAGAAGGUGACGCUCGAUGUCGACUCCUUGGGAAAACCUGGGGAGAUCGUUGUCGUACCGCAUCGGACCCGCCGCCGUCAAAACUCCGAGAUCAAGCGCGACACAUCCGAUAAAUCUGCCCUUCCGUUCAUGCUAGAAGAUAUCGAAAACAAAGAUACUGUUCUCGAAUCUGCUACCAUUAAUGAAAGCAUACAAAGCUUUCGUGAACCUCAUCGACCGCACGACAAGUUGUCCACCAACGAUUGGGAAGACCUGCGGAAUAGACUCCAAUCAUCCUUUACCUUUCAACAGCUGUCAGACUAUAUACAAGAAGCGAAGCAAGAGGCUUUGGUCCAGAAGGAUGGGGAACCACGAAGUGAGCGCACACCCACUGCUGUCUGGAGACCCGGAACUUCCAUGUUUCUCGAAACCGGUCCAGUUUCGCAGGGAAGCUUUGCCGAUAGAGUCGCCGUGACACAAGCCCUGAAGGGGAAGCAACUCCUUGCAGAGAGAAUUCUACGAGACCGCUGGCAGCUAGGUGUUGCUGGUGAAGUUGGCCAAAUCGACAUCCGGCUCCCCGCGUACUCGUUAUCGCUGCUGCUCAACUCUGAGCAUUUCUCUUUCGAAGAAUUGGCCAGCUUACACGACGCCAAGAUUGACGUCACCCGUUCGUUAGGCCUCGUCAGAGUAACCGGGUCUCAGCACACAUGUGAAUCGAUUCGCGAGAUUAUAUACGAUGCAACGAACAGAAUUCGACAGGAAGAUGUCGAUCUACCUACGCCAAAUAAUGACACGUCUAAGAGUGGUCGUAUUUUUACUCCUGAUUUCCUUGCAUGGGUCAGCAAGACCUAUGGGGUUGCAUUCGAGCAGGAGCUAUCACAGGGCGUAACUAAGAUGUUCUACCUUGCGGAGAACAGAGCAGAUGCGGACAAUGCUCGGAGAACCCUAAACCUGGCGAUCUACAACACAACUUCUCCUGCGAUACCCUUUGGCACUUACUUAUCCGCAACCCAGUCGGCUAGUGUCUACAAUGUAGAUCCAGAGCGAAACGUCCCGUGGUUCGAUCGGCAAAAGGCAUGGUUUCGGUUGGCAAUGUCAUCUGCUCAAUCCUCCGAAACGAAGGUGCUGGACACACCGUAUUUCGAUAAGCAUCAAUCACUUCUGUCAGACGAGCUGCUCAAAUUACUCAGAAAAUCAUCGCCAUCAAUCUCAGAACGCAAUGGUAUCAGUGAGACCGUGGUAGCCGCCGCUGGCCAAUGUCUGUUCUUACGCAAGCCUUCCUUCGAGACUCAGACCCUCAGCGCUUCUCAGCUGGGCAAAUUGAAUCUUCCUCGAACUUUCACUACAGACGUUCCCCGAGUGACGUCGUUUCUCCGUACGCUCAAGCCACGUCUGCCCGAUGAUGACCAACAGUUUUACCUCUUCCGGUUGAUUCCAACCGCUGCCCAUGCAAGCAUCUUUCCGCGACUCGAAUUAGAGGUAACGCUGACAGGAUCACACCGGUCCUCUGGCUCUGAUGCCCAAAUUGGGAUCCAUAGCGUCAAAGCUGAGCUGGCUGAGAGCAGCGUUGACUAUCUGCUUCCCGAGAAUGGCCUUGACCUUCGGUUUACCAGAAAGUUGUACCGCGAUCUACUGUAUGGACAUUCUGAGAAUGAGUCAGCUGAGAACAUUACGGUGGAAAGCCUCCGGGAAUGCCUGCAGGGCAUAUUUUCUAGGUACAUGAACAGCGAAGGUGAAGCGCCUCUACCUGCUUUCACUCAUGUUCCGCUCCCCAAUCAUCUAUUGAAGGGAACUGUCAACAGCGAACCAGACAAUUCGGGUAACCACACUACUGCGGAAUACAUGUUCAUGCCAGUGAAUGACCUUAGGAGCACGCGCAUUCAUCGCUAUGAUUUCAAUGGCCAGCAGCUCAACUAUGCUUUCUAUGAGAGCGGGCCGUUUAAUCCCUACCGAACGACGGAGAUCUUCCUCGACAUGGAUCUCACUGAGGGUGACACCUCCACAGGUCCUCCUGCCGAGGGUGCUAUGUCUCCGGACCCACUCCAUCGUGGGUUCAACUCGUUCUACGGUGCUGCUUGCUCCCUGGCAUUCGAGCUGGAUAGGGCUUGGUGA